AUGCAAGUGCAAAAUUUUGAACAAUUAACCUUAUUUGCUUUAUUGUUAACUUUUUAUUUCAGAAUAGCUGUAACAGUUGCUUUUGGAAUUAUUAUAAUGAACACUUCAUUAAUUAAAAAGUUAGUUGGACCGUCUAACUUUUAUUUAAUGGUAUUUAAUGAACAGGCAUGUAGAAUUCAUUGGAUUCAAGCUCUACUUUUAAUCAAUAAUUUUUAUUAUACACUCGAUAUCGUAAGUAAACGCUUACAAUUAUUACAUAAGAAAAGGGUUAAAACAAACUAUAAAUCAGCAACGAAUAUACAGUGCAAUCCUGUUUCAUGGUACUUAUCAGCAGAUUUUCAAGUAUACAUUAUAAAUUUAUUUUUACUGUAUAUAAAAUUAAAAUAUAGGUAUAAGAAAGUAAUAUUUUAUAUGUCAGUAUUCCUACUUUCAUGUGUGCUGCAUGGAACAGUGCUAUAUAUGUAUGAAGUGGAUAUAAUAUUUAAACCCAACUUAAGAAAUCUGGAAUUAAGACAUUUUAAAAACUCAACAACAUAUUUAAUAUCAUACCAGUCAACUAUUUCUAUAUGGUCCAGCAGUUUUAUUGGAGUAAUUAUGGGUAAUUUGUAUUAUAACAAGAAACAUACUGUUUACAGUAAAACUUGGAAACUUAAUAUCUUGUGGAGUCUUUCAUGUUUUGGUUUAACUGGCAUUAGUUUACUUCUGUGUCAUACUGAAGUGACAGAUCGUUUGGUAGCAGCAGUUCUAGGAUCACUUGUGAAACCCAUGUAUACUCUGGGUGUAGGUCUUGGAAUAUGGGCAAUGUCACAUAAUUUUGGAGGUAUAAUGAAGAGAAUAUUGGUAAACAAAAAUAUUGUAUUACUCAGCAAUUUUACUUUCUGCGUAUAUUUAUUACAUACCGGAGUAAUUAACGUUUUACAUUAUUCUACUUAUGAGCCAAUAGUAUUUAAUGAAUUAGUAAUGGUAAGUUAA